UCGACCCGGUCAUGUCCUAUCAGCAGUUGAUAUCUGGCAACUGAAUACAACCACACACACCUUCACAAUGAACUGCUUCGCCUUUGUUGCUUUUUUCGCCGUUUUGGCCGCUGCCCACGCUAGCGUAGCUCCAGUAGCAGAAGUGCUACAAGGACCUAGCAGCAGGACCACCUUGGUAGGACCCGAAGGAAGCGUCAUCUCCUCCGUAUCGCCCGGAGGCAAGGUCAUCACUGAAUCAUUGCCCGGAGCUGUCGCCUACUCCGCUCCCGUUGUAUCCAGUUAUGCCGCCCCUGUUGUAUCCAGUUACGCCGCCCCAGCCGUAGUAUCAUCCUAUGGCGCCCCUGCCGUAGCUGCCAAGACUGUAUUGUCCUCUUACGCCGCUCCAUCUGUAGUAUCUACUUAUGCCGCUCCAUCUGUAGUGUCUACUUAUGCCGCUCCAGCCGUAUCUUCCUACUCCACUAAAGUAGUAUCUGCCGGCCCAGUGGUAUCCUCCUAUGCCGCUCCAGUCGUAUCUUCCUAUGCCGCCCCAGUUGUGUCUUCCUAUGCCUCUCCUGUCGUAUCUUCCUAUGCCGCCCCAGCCGCCGUAUCCGCAUACUCCGUCCCAGCUGCCGUAUCAGCAUACGCCGCCCCAGUAGCCGCUGGAGUAGUUUCUGAGAAUACCGUUGUUUCUGGACCAUCUGGAACCAUCUCCACCGGCAAGACUCUCGCCGCCCCCGGUGUUGCCGCCUACAGCGCUCCAGUCGUAGCCUCAUACGCCGCCCCAGCAUGGUAGAUUGUUGAUUUGUUAAAUUAUUGUUGAUUGCUUAGUAAAUAAAUUAUGUAAAUACUUGCAAA